CUGUGAAGUCUUCGUAGCAUAUUUCUUCAUUCAUUCUAUAUAUCUUCAUUGCAAAUAGCGAAAUAAUCCUCCUAUAUCCAACGAAAACAGAGGAUAUCAAGAAAAUGCCUUUCAACGACGAGUUGGACACUCCAGCAUUUAGGGCGUGGCUCAGCAGAACCAUCGAGCCUCUAUGUGAUGCCGAUCCUACAGUCCUCUCAGAUUAUAUUGUGGCUUUGAUGAAGCACGAUGCUUCCAUGACAGAAGAUGAGUGGAAAACUUUCAUAUCACGAGAACUGGUGGACUUUCUCGAGAGCUCUUCUGGACCAUUCGUCGAGACACUGUUCCAAACACUUCACUCCAAGAAUUACGAUUUGACACAAACACUUCCUGUUCCAGCAGCAGCAUCACAUCCUAUUCCUACAGGGCCUGCCGCAGAAGUAGCACCUCGACCAUCUGCUGGACCUUCAACAAUGCAGAAUGGUCAACAGAAAGAUGUUAUCAUGCAGGAAAUGCCCGUUGGAGUAUCUGGUAGACGAAAAUGCCGUGAUUAUCACGAGCGAGGAUAUUGUAUGCGGGGCGCGAACUGUCAAUAUGAACAUUCUGCGGAUAUGCUCAUACCCACACCCGAGAUGAUGUUCCAAGGAUUUCUUCCACCCUUCAUGCCCGGCAUGCCGGGUGUACCCAUACAAUAUCAAGGCAUGCAGCCUAUGCGUCCAAUGGCCAUGCAAGUUCCAGAGUUUCGAGAUAAUCCAAAUGGCCGAAACCGUUCCUUUGGCAACCGACCGCCUCCCUCCAACGAAGGCGAAAGCUUCGAAGGGUCCUCCCGGCCUCCGAGCGACCACAGCAAGACAACGCUUCUCAUUACCGACAUCCCCGACGCCAAUAUGUCUGUUGUAGCUAUUCGCAAUUACUUCCAACAGUUUGGGACGAUAACGAGUGUUGCGCUUGAAGGUCGAGGAAACCGGGCUUUGGUCAGCUUCGCGUCAAACCUCGAGGCCUAUAAGGCAUGGAAAUCAGAUGAGGCUGUGUUCGGGAAUAGGCGUGUCAAGGUCCUCUGGCAUAAGCCUAGGCCUGGACAGGGUGCGGCAGGACAGAAGGCUUUGGAACAAAGCAAGCAACUGUUAGAAAACUUGCAGAAGAUGGAGGCUGGAGAGGGUCCAAACCAGGGGAUCAAGCCUAAGUUGAGUGGGCCUGAGACUCGGUUGCAGGCUACCUUGGCCGAGUUAGAGCAUCGAGAAAAGCAAUCAAAAAAGGAGCCCCUUAUUGCUGAGCAAAAAGUGCUGUUGAAGCGUGCGUCCACAGGCACGAAAGAAGAGAAAGUCCAGAUUUUGAAGAGACUGCGAGAAAUAACGAAGGAGCUUGAUAUCAUCAACAAUCCGCCGCCUAAACCUGAGUCCAUGGAUGUUGAUGAUGCUAAGAGCCGGUUGGAUAGGGAACUCGCGGCUCACGGGAUGGAAAUGGGUGGACAGGAUGAAGAGGAAUUGGCGAGGCUAAACGCUCAACUGGCUUCUUUGAAGGAGAAGGCCAACACCUUGGGUGUCAACGCUUCUGCUCGUUACUCGCCAUACUCCCGUGGCCGAGGUGGACGCGGACGCGGUCGUGGUGGUCCCCCUCGACCCAUGCGGCUCGACAACCGAUCGCGCACCAUCCUCGUCUCUGGUGACCGUUUCGGCGACGAAGAAGCUAGGAGAGUUGUCCAGGAAUGGUAUGAGUCAACAGGCGGUGGUGUUGAGUUUGUCGAUGGCAGCUUGAGAAUCACCUACCCUCAGCGCGAGAUGGCUGAAAAGGCUUUGGCCCUCGGUACGAACGAGUUACGCGAGAAAGCGGGCCCCAUUCGUACCGCUUGGGAACCCCUGAAACCCCUCGAGCGAUACCAGCCUUCAGACGUAGAAAUGACUGUGCAUAUGGGCGAAGAAGAGCUCAGAGGAGAAAAAGACGAUGAUGAGUAGACAUUUAGCGAGGUAUCAAAAAGAAAGGGAGGCGAUAAUCCGUAUGUUUUAUAUGUGUAUCAACCGGGCUAUGGCAUGGUCAUCUGCAUUUGCCCAAAAUUACUGAUUACAGAGAAGUGUACACCUUCAGAUCUGGAAUGUCAUGUUAAUCACGGCACUAUAUCGCACAAAAGAUGUUACUCUUGACACACUAAUCUUAGGCAUCCAUAUUAAACCCCUUGCCCUCACGCUUAAUGCUCCUUCAAGCAGCGUCACCUUGACACCAAGGAAGCAUAAUAAUAAAGGACCUCUCCACAUCAUCCUGACGCCUGCCGAUUUUUUCUGAAGAUUUUGGAUGCGGCUAGAACUCAAAGGAUGACAGGCUCUUUUGUUCAUUUUCCCCUUCUUGCGCGUGUUGACGGAAC